UAUUCUCACGUUUUGAAACGAUCUAAAUAUUCUGUUGAAUACAGAAUAGUUAUAGAUAUGAAGUGUUCUUUCCACUGGCGAGAAAUAAAACUUAAAAUGUGAAUUCAUACACUGUAUAUUCAAUUAGGCAACCGAAAAACAUGCUCCGCAAGCCAAGCUACGCACCGGUUGAACAGGGCUUCAAAUUGCCAAAGAUCGUGGGCGCUGGCACCGAACAAAGGCUGCCGGGUAUCCAGAAAGAGCUCAAUGAUACAAAGAAGCGCAAGCUUUUGCCAGACCUGGAGAACAACGCAGCAACCAUUUCGUCCCAGGCCACCAAAAGACCAGCCAAGAGGCGCCAGGCCGAGAAGACUAUCAGCGACUGCGUCGAGUUCUUCAAAGGAAAAACCUCACCAAUGCCACCGGGUCGUUGUGAUCCAACUAAAAAGCCCGCCAAAAUGCAGUCUCCCAAAGGAGACAAAGCAGCACGAAGACACACCAACGAUAAGACAGAAAUCUUCCUCAAUCGCUGCCAAAAGCUCCUGGACACUGCCGAUCAGGAAUUCACCGCGGCAGAACAUUUGAUGGCCGAAUUCAGCUUCAGGCCCGAGAGUCCUGCCAAGCCUCCUCUUCAUGGACGGAAGACCGGGAAACCUAUUACAUACAAGAAGCAGAGAAAGCAGUAGAAAUUCAGCUUAAACUACACAGAAAAACUAAAAAUUCAAAGCAGCAAACUUUAUCUCAUUUUUGGACAAUGGCACGGAAAAUGAAAUAGAAUGAUUCAGCUCUGAAACCGCAAGAUAUCACAAUCUACAAUAGCUCUAAUUAAUUACUCAUGUUUCCUCACUUUUCCAAAGGAUUUUAUUUUAACUUUUAUUUAAUCCAUCUGGCAGCAUUUUAUUAUUCAACUUAAAAUUAGACGUCUACUUAUUACAUAAUUCGAGCAUCUCUAUUUUAUUCUUUAAAUUUUAAGUUAGAUAAAUCUGAGGAUUAUUUGCUUUGGAAAGUUAAGUUAAUUUUAGGCCCCUUGGUGCAAAUUUAAAUUUUUCUUUUACUUCACAUUGAUGUUCACUUCACUUCGAGGGCAGAUGAUUCCAAGCCACUCUUACAGACAGCUUAACCAUCACAUUCUAAUGCCAUAGUUAGUCAUAUAGCUAGUUAUUCACUCGGAAAUUUUCUCCUAAACUAGAUAUUUGAUUGUGUUAUUAGUUAAAAUGUUUAUUUUUUGGUCGGUAUAUUUUGUUUUAUUAAUUUGGCACCUUAUUUAGUUUAAUGUUAACGGCAUUGGGAACUUUUCUCCUAAACUAGCGACUUGAUUGUGUUAUUAGUUUAAUUGUUAAUUUUUGGUCGGUAUAUUUAGUUUUAUCAAUUUAGCACCUUAUUUAGUAUAAAUUUUUCUGCACAUACUAUUUAGCUGGUUAGUCAAACAGUUAACAGUACCCACCGAAACUUUUUUGUAAAGUUGAUUAUUUUGAGCGGGUCACAUCGGAGAGUUUUAGACGAUCAAACGAAGAAUAGGAAUGUGGAUGUGAACUUUAGUAAUCUGUAAGAGGACAUCGAGAAAUCUUUCCCAGCAAUGGCGUAUUUUUACGCAUAAUUGCGUACUUCCCCAAAGUACUGGCCAGGAAGUGUUCCGAGUCCCUGCUUGUGGGGUAAGCAGGGGGGUUUCCCUCUGCUUGUACGUACUUAACCGUAAGUAUGUGCUGUACGUUGUUGCUGUGAACACGUAUUCCAUAUAUACGCAUUUACGUGUUUCGAAAGACGUACCGAUGUUCUGCAAAAGUAGUUUUGUUGUUAUUUUUCGUUCUUAUCUUCUGCUGGUUGGCUUAUUUCUUUAAUUUGUGACACGUAAAAUUUGAUUGACCGAGCAGAAAGGUGGAAGUAACUGCUGCGACGCUGGAGAUAAUCAGUUUAUAGU